AUGGAAAAGAAUAAAUACGAUAUAGAGGUUUCAGAAAACAAUCGUUUUCUUUUUAACAAACAAAGAGAUUGGCCUAGAAUAACUUUUACCUUUUUAGUAUUCGUGUUAGGAAUAAAAACCGUUUUGUGUAUAUUAUUAUAUAUGUAUAAUAAUAUAUUAUUAUUUGUGGUGUUUUUAAUAUUAUGUGUGGUUUCUUUUUAUGGUCUUAUAGUUAAUACAAUUAAAUCUCUCGUAUUAUAUAUAUUAAUAUUAAGCUUAGUAUUAACAAGUAUUAGCCUGUCUUUUUAUAAUAUCAUAUAUAUAGAAUAUAUAUCUAAAGUUUUUGAGCAUGCAUUUCUUUCGACAGUAUUAUAUUCUACGUUCCCUUUAUUGGUAAUGGAAUUAUUUGUAAGUAUAGCAUAUACAUGUUUAAAAAAAAAAAAAAAAGGAUAUAUAGAAAAGCAACUAAAGGAAUUAAAAAUUGCCAUAGAUAAUACAAAUGAAGAAAAGGACAAAAAAAAUGAAGGAAAACUUUUAUCAUUACAAAUCGAUUUAGAAAAGAAUCAGCUAAACACAUGUAAUAAAGAAUACAAAUAUUAUUUAACUCAUUAUAAAAAUAAAAAAUAUAUAUGCAUAGAAAAAAAAACAGACUAUUCUAGUGAAGAUGAAAUAUAUGCUAAAUAUAUACAAGACAAAAGUAGCGACAACAGCUAUCAAGGAUAUGAUAAGUCAAAAUUAAUUAACACAAGUAAUAUUAAUAUGUUAAAUGUAAAAACAAAUAAAAAAAACGUAAAUCAUUCCAUGUCAUCAAAUACUAUUCAACAAGAUUUGAGUUUUAUACACUCCAGUAUAAACAAAUAUGAAAAAAAAAAAGAAAAAGAAAAUAAAAAUUAUGACAAAAAUAAGAAAAGCAGCAAUACUAAUGACAAAAGUUAUAACAUCACUCAAAAUGAUCCUAGAAAAAACAAUCAGAACAAAGAAUUUGUUGAUAAUAAUAACAAAAGAAACGAUCAUAAUAAAAAUAAUGAACUUGAACAAGUAUAUUAUAACAAUCCAAAUGUUCAUCAGAACAAUUAUCAGCUUAGCAAGAACAAAAUGAAUACCACAGAAUUACAACAUGAUAAUUUAUUUAAUAAAAUAAAUCCAUUAUCAUCAGAUAAUACAUCGUCAAUUAUAUUAAAUAGUAAUAAUAUGAAUAAAUCUAUUAAUAAAGAUACGUAUGUUAAUAUGUACGAAAAACACGAAAAACCUCUCAUGGUCAUAACACAAAAAGAAGAAAAUCUUAAGAAAGAUAAUGUCCUGAACACAUCCUUAUCCAGUAAUAAUGAACAAAAUUGUAUUAUUGAAAAUUUUAUAGAAAAAAAUAUAAAUAUUCAAAGGAAAGACAACAUUCUAUAUAAUUCAUUGUUUCAAAAACAAAAUCAAGGAGACAACAUCAAAAAGGAUCAAAAAAAUAAUCAAGCCAAUGAAAUUAUGGAAAAUAAUGUUACGCCUAAUAAUUUGUACACAAAUAUUAUUACCAUCCCUCUACCAAAAGAGAAUCAAAAUAAAACAGAAGAAAAAACAAAAAUAGAAAAUUACAAAAUUGGUCUCACCUAUGAUAUAACCAAACAAGAACAAAUACAUAAUUAUGUUACAAAUCUAAAUGAAGUAAGUCAACAUGAGAAGAAGGAAGAAAAUCAAAUCGAAGAUAUGAACAUAAACAAAAAUAUAGAACACAGGAAUAAUUUUAUCACCCAUACAAAUAAUAACUUAAAUAUUGAUGAAGAUACAAAAAAAAUGCAAAAGGAUAUAUUUUCAGCUUUUUUAAAAAAUAAGGAAGAUCAACAAAUAAUGGAUAUCAAAAGUAAAAAUGAUAACAUGGAAAUUAAGAGGGAUAACAUCAAAAGUAAAAAUGAUAAUAUAGAAAUUAAGAAGGAUAACAUCAAAGGUAAAAAUGAUAACAUGGAAAUUAAGAGGGAUAACAUCAAAGGUAAAAAUGAUAACAUGGAAAUUAAGAGGGAUAACAUCGAAAGUAAAAAGGAUAAUAUGGAUAAUAUGAAAAAUCAGAUCAACAUAAAAACCGAACACGUAAAAGAUAAUAUUAAUAAGAAUAAUUUUUUGGUAACAUCAAAAGAGAAGGAACAUAAUAUAGAUACAUCCUUGAAUAAACAUCAUGUUUUGGAUAACAUAAAUAAUUGUCAUAAUUUUAAUAAUACGAAUUUAUUAAAUAGUAAAACAUUCAUAGAAAAGGAUAUAUUUCAAAAUAAUAAUAUAUUUAAUGAAGGAAAAAAUAUAAAAGAAAAGGAUAUACAAAAUAUUAAAAAAAGUCAAGAAAAAGAAAUUAAUAAUGAACAUACUAAUUCAAAUAUAUUUACAAAUCCUUUACAAGAAGCAACAAAAUAUUUGGAAGAAAAAAAUAAAAAAAUGGAGUAUUCUCAAAAAUUUCCAUUCUUUCUAAAUUUUACAAAUAAUAUAACGUCUAAUAAAGAUAACAAAGAACAACAAAAUAAAAAUUACAACAACGAUAAUAAUAAUGAUAAUAAUGAUAAUAAUAAUAAUGAUAAUAAUAAUGAUAAAAAUAAUAACAAAAGUAAUACAUAUGACCAUUUAACUAGUUCCCCUUCAACAAAAAAUAUUUUCUUUUCAAAUAAUACAUUCUUAAAUAUCAAAGAACACAAAGAUGAUAUUUAUAAAGAACAAAAACAAGAAAAUAAUAAAAACGCAAAAAAAAUAAAAACAUUUAAUUCCGAACCAUAUUGGAAAAGACUAGAAAAAAAAGAUAUUGAAGAAUUCAAACAUUCUGUUAAUAAAAGCUAUAUGGAAAAUAUAUCUAUUGACGAAGUUCAUCAAAAAAAUGAACAGAAAGAAAAAAAUAUAUUGUCUAAUUCAAUUAUUUCAAAUAAUUUUACAACAUUUCUAAAUAUGAAGAAAAGUGAAUAUGAUCACACAGAAAAAAUUUACGAAAAAAAUCAAGAUCAUUUACAAGUCGAUAAAACAAAUGUUGUACAACACGAAAAUAAAAAUAUACCUAUAAAGGUAAAUAUAAAUAAUAAUAAUAAUAAUAAUAAUGAAGAUAAUUAUAAUAUACACAACGAUAAUAAUAUACAAGAUCCUCUUAAUGGGGGUACCUCUCAAAAGAAUAAUAUUAUCAAAGAUAAUAAUAUGAAUAAUAUACACAAUAAUAAUAAUAAUAAUUAUAAUUAUAAUAAUGGUGAUAAUGGGAAAAAUAUAAAUCAUAUUAAAUCUUCAAAUAAGAAUAAUUUAACAAAGGACUCUUUUAAGGAUAACCUUAAUAUGGAUAAAACAACAGAAAAAAAACAUACUAAUGAAAAUGUAGUAUCAUCAAAUAAUAAAGCUAAUGUAUCCAUUGAAGUAAAUACAAAUAAUCAAAAUAUAUAUGAAACGAAUUCAAACACUAUUUUUAAACAAAGAAAAUAUUUCUUUGAAAAUCUAAGAAAAGAAAAAUCUUCAAACAAUAUUAUUACAAAAUAUGAUGAAAAAAAAAAACAUAAUAAUAAUAAUAAUAUUAAUAACAACGACAACAAUAGUAAUAAUAGUACUACACAAAAGAAAGUACCUUCAAACUCUUCCUUCAAUAUUAAAAAGAAUGAAAAUUUUGAUGUACAAAAGAAAUAUAGCUUAACCUCAAAAAAUAAUAAUAAUGAAGAUGAACAUAUGAAUAAAGAAUAUAAUACGACAAACACAUCGGACCAAUUAAAAAUGAUGAAACAUGUUGAGGAUAAUUUUUAUAUAAAAGAUGAUAGAAUGAUAAGUCCCUCCAAAAAAAUAGAACAUAACCAUAAUACAAAUAGUAAUAAUAAUAAUAAUAAUAAUAAUAAUAAUGUAUGUAACAAUAAUGCUAAUCAUAUAAUUGAAGAUAAUAAAUUGUUAAAUCAAAACAAACAACACAUAGAAAAAAACGAACUCUUAAACAAUAAUUAUGAUCAUAAUAUUAAUGAUAAAGUUAAAGAUAUUCAUCAAAACAAGGAUGCCUUUUCUAAUAACAAGAGUAUUUUGGAUAAUAUAUCUAGCGUAAUUCCAAAUGAAAAAACUUAUAAUUUAGAAAAAAUUAAAAAUACAGAAUUGGUACAAAUAAAUAAUGUAACAUUAAAUAACUUUAAUUCAACAAGUAAUUCAAAUAUUAUAAAUGACGGUGAAAAUAUAUCUUUUCAUGAUUUUGUAAAUAAUAAAAAAAUAUGCUCUACUCCAAAAGAAACUGAAAAUUUGGACCAUCUUAAAAAUGUAUCAAAUGUGUUAUAUGAAAGUAGGAAUGAUCAUUUAUUAGAUAAACCGAAAUUUACAGUAUUAAAGGAGGAUGUUUUUAGGACUAAGGAGGGAGAUUUCAUAAAAGAAAAUGUAAAAAAUAUAGAAGAAAAAGAAAAUGACGAAAAAGAAAAUGAAGAAAAAGAAAAUGACGAAAAAGAAAAUGAUGGUGUAAUAAAUGAUGGUGUAAAAAAUGAUGGUGUAAAAAAUGAUGGUGUAAUAAAUGAUGGUGUAAUAAAUGAUGGUGUAAAAAAUGAUGGUGUAAAAAAUGAUGGUGUAAAAAAUGAUGGUGUAAAAAAUGAUGGUGUAAUAAAUGAUGGUGUAAAAAAUGAUGGUGUAAUAAAUGAUGGUGUAAAAAAUGAUGGUGUAAAGAAUGAGAAACGUCCCAAGUCAUUAAACGAUAGUAUCAAAAAUGAAUGGAAGAUACCACUAUUUAGUAACAGCUUUAAGAUGUCAUCCUUUAUCACAUCUGAAAAAGAAGAAAAUAAGAAUGACGACAAAUGUGUAGACGAAAAAAAAAACAAUAAUAAAGAGAAUGAAACACACGGAUUUAAAGAACAUAAAGAACCUUUUGAACAAGAUAUAAAUGAGGAUAUUAAUUUAUUAAAUAAAAAAAAUGAAGAUAUAGAAGAAUUCCAAGAUGUUAUUGAACCUACCAAUGCAGCAUAUAUAAAGCAAGAUACUGAAAUCAUCGAACCAUUCUAUGAAUAUAAAAAACAAGAAACGGAAAUUAUAGAAGUGAAUAAAGAAGAAGUAAUACAAAUUGAACUUACGAAAAGUAAUGAUAUUAAGAAAGAAGAAAAAGAUAUUUAUUCUUCAGAAGAUGAACAAAAUAACAGUAAACAGGAAGAAUUACAAUAUUAUAGUAACAAAAUUAAUGGAGAUAUUAAUAUUGAUAAAAAUAUUUCUAUAAAUUCAGAAAAUAAAAUAAACAAUCAAUUUGAAAAAAAUAUAAAAGAUGAUAAAGAACAAAAUAAAAUAAUAAAAGAACCAUUGGAAGAAUAUAAAAUUAAUGAACAUGAAAAAAAUGAUAUAAAAGAUUCUGCCAAAGUUCACAAAACAGAUAUACACACGCCAGUCCUUAAUAAUGAGGUAGAAACACAAGAAAUGUUAGGAAAAUCACAAGUGGGAAAUCAAGAUAUAAAUACAUUUCGAAAUAACGAAAUUAAAGUUUUAGAAAAUGAAGUAAAGACUCAAGAGAAUGUAAACAAAAAUGAAAAUAAUGAAAAAGAACAAAAGUUUGAUACAACAGAAACUACUAAUGUUCACCAGAAUGAAACCAACAAGAAUAAAAGCAACAAAAAAAAUAACAGAAAAAAAAAUAAAAAAAAAUAA